AUGGGAGGUCUAAAUCUAAAAAGAUACUGGCGGAGGAGAAGCUACCAACGCCUCGGUGCCACUACCGAUGAAUCGCGAUCAAAGCGGAAGUGGUCAUGGAAGAUAAGGAUGCCACGAAGGCUGAAGAUAAAGCUGAGGUUUAAGUUUAACCCCAAGAAGUUUAUUGCUAAUGUUCAUGAAGCAUACGUGAGAAUGAUGAUGAGGAUAGCGAGCUCGCAGGUCGCGAGAAGCGGACCAAUAGGCGGGUAUGGUGCAGGAGGGAUCGGGCAGUUUGGGAUGAGACCCAUGAAGGAGUACGACGAGAAGAUGAUCAUUCAGAUGUACAACUCGUUGGUGGUGAGGCAGGCUCAAAAGAAAGUACUUGAGCCUGUUCCCGGUAACUCUGGAUCGUAUAUCGUGUAA